CAUGGGGGCGUCCGAGGAGGACUACAACUUCGUCUUCAAAGUGGUGUUGAUUGGAGAAUCUGGGGUAGGAAAGACCAACUUGCUCUCCCGUUUCACCCGCAACGAGUUCAACCACGACAGCCGCACCACCAUUGGAGUGGAGUUCUCCACCCGCACUAUUCUGGUGGGAGAUGCCCUGGUGAAAGCCCAGAUCUGGGACACGGCUGGGCUGGAGCGCUACCGCGCCAUCACUUCAGCUUAUUACAGGGGAGCGGUGGGCGCCCUCUUGGUUUUCGACAUCACCAAACACCAGACGUAUGACGUGGUGGAGCGUUGGCUGAAGGAACUCUAUGACCAUGCAGAGGCCACCAUAGUGGUGAUGCUGGUGGGCAACAAGACGGACCUGACCCAAGCCCGGGAGGUCCCGACAGAGGAGGCAAAGAUGUAUGCAGAAAACAACGGCCUGCUCUUUAUGGAGACGUCUGCGCUGGACUCAACAAACGUAGAACUGGCAUUUGAAACUAUUUUGAGAGAUAUUUUCAACAAAGUGCAGAAACAGAAACAGAAAAGCCCCCUGGACAACACUGUGGCGCUCUCUGCUGAGAACCCCAACGCUGCGUCCACCUCUCAAGCCACGGAAGGGAAGCGAGCGUGCUGCUUGAACUUCUAAAGGGGUGAG